UUUUCGGACAGUUAUAAUAAAAGUUUUGUUAAUAAAUAAAGAAUCUCACAUGCUGACAGUGAUAUAAUAAUAUAAUUAAGAAUGGGAAAUAGUGCAUCGACUCCACAUAGUGAAAUACCAACACUUUAUGAUCGACAAACAUUUCCUCGUCAAGAAAAGAAACUAAUUUUACCGAAAACCAAUACGAUUGAUCGACGUAAUGAUGAUAGUAGUAAUGGCCAUAAUAACAACAGCCAAGAAAAUUCACGCAUGUUGUUUCUGAUGUACCUUAUUCAUCGUACAUGGAAUAUUGUGUCUGAUGGAAAAGGGAAGCGCGAUGAUAUCAACAAAUCAAAAAUGAUUGAAAAUCAAAAAACAGGACACCAUGAAGAUAUCUAUAAUAAGUCAUGUACAUAUGGAUCAGAAUGUUCAUAUUGUAGCUGCGGCUAUUGUGAUGAUGAAGACUGCAGAGUUAAUGGAAACUAUUCAAUAUGUGAAAGCCAGUUAUCUUAUUGUUUCUAUGAGAUGGCACCAAGUGCUACACAGGCCGAACAUCAACAUUCAACUAUGACAACAGCAACAAUCACGACCACAAGUGUAAGCAAUGAUCCAUGGUGUCAGCCAAAUCAACAGCAGAAGGAGAACCAACGACCGCCCGUCUUUUUCCCAGAAGAUUAUAUAUUAGCAUUAAAGAAGUUUAGUAAAUUUGGGAGUAGCAAUAAUAGCAGUAACAGCAAUAGCAAUAAAUCAAUCUAUGACACAAUUGAUGAUGCAAAAAAUUUGAAAUCAAAUACGACAAAUGGCCACAAUAACAAAUCUCGUACAUUACCGUUGUCCAAAACUUCAGAUUAUAAAAGCCCAGUUGCGCCAGCUGAUACCGAAAUGGCAUUAAAGCAAUUCGGAUCGAUCACGGAACUUUUGACGAAAUUGAGGGCAGAUUUGAGGCAAUCAUUUCAGAGCUUCGUUCAAGAAUUCGUCGCAAAUCCAAUGGAUGGUGCAACUUUACUGCUUGAAGUCUUACGUGGUAUUCAACUGAGCCAAAAUACAAUUACCGGAAGUAGUACUCUAAAUUCACAAAAUAUGGAUAUGCGAAAUAAUCAAUCAUAUCAGCGCAGAGCACUGUUGGAUGAACUUACAUGCUUGCAGUGUUUAAGCAUAUGUUGUUCUCGCACGACUGACGCUUCGAUACGUCUUGGCAAUACACCAGUCGGUUUAUUACCCCUAGCUUGUUCAGCUACAAACACAGGAAUUCGUGCAAGAAUACUCGCCCUUCAAUUACUUACAACGGCAUGUGAUCCUAAUAUUCUCGGUGAUCAUGUUCCGAAUGCAUCAUACUAUGGACAUCAGGCAGUAUCUGAAUCACUGACAACAUUAAGACUCCGAUGCGCAGAACCAGUAAGAUUUCGUCUUUUAAUUGGAAUUUUGAAUAGUGGAGGUGGAAGUGGAGAAUUGCAAUAUGUUGGAAUGAAGUUUAUUAAUACAUUUAUAGAAAGUUCAGAUUCAAUACAGACAAGACUUUACCUGCAGGCAGAAUUAUAUCAGGCAGGUCUUGAUCCACCUCAAAUGUCAAGACUUAUUUCCUCGACAUCGCCAUGGCUGCAAAAGCUUUUAGAUGAGAUUAAACAUUUUGAAUCAAUAAAAAUUGAUGUUGAGAUUCUUCAAAAACAAGUCCGUACUGCUGAACAAUGUCGCAGCAAAAUGGUCAUUCUUGAGAGAAAAGUAGAGAUGUUACAAGAAGAGAAAAAUGUUUUUACAUCUAUUGAAAGACGAUUACAAGAAAAAUGUGCGGAUUUACAACGAGAAUUGAUGCAGUUAAAGAAGAAUAAUUCUACAACGUCGACACUCGAAAAGCCUGUAGCACUUCCACGACAGACACUUGUCAAUGGUCAAAAAUCACAUCCUUCAACAACAGAAAAUGAAGAUGAAGGUAUCAGUUCUAGUGAAACAGGACAAUCAUCAAGCCCUGUGCCUAUGGAAUAUAAAGCAAACAAAAUAAAGAAUGAUGACUAUGAUGAAUCAAAUACAACAAUCGACGAUGUAAUUGAGGAACUGACAAACAUCGUGAAUGAUGCGGAACGUGAAAUUAAAGAGAAUGGUAUGCAUAAACCGUUGAUGAAGUCACGAUCUGAGGAUGUACUAGUGACAUCGGGAGUUUCAAAUGAACAUGACAGUAUGAUAAUUCCUAGUAAUUUAUUGCCACAACCGCCAUCAAAGAAAGCAAAUAAGUCAUUGAUUCAUAUACUGGGACCGCAGCAUGAUGUUGAAGGAUCAGAUUACGAUUACUACAUACAAAAUGUACAACAACCUCUCAAUAAUCAUGAGGAACAGCAUAAAAAUGAAGAAUCACUUAUCUAUGAAAAUGAGUAUGAACUUGACAACAAUCAGAAAAAUCAUCCAGAUAUUGUCAGUACAAUAUCUUACAAUGGCAAUAAUAGACAAAAAGGAACUGACGAUAAUAAUCGACAUCUCUUGAAUGUCAUAAUGGAUGCACGAGAAAAAGAACAGCAAUCAUAUCAUCACAUAAAUAACCGUGCACACUCGUUAGAGCGUGACAUGUUUCCACCUCAACAAUUCAAUGGGGUAUUUUUUAUGUCGGAUAUGAACCCAAUGACACCGGCUACAAAGUUCUCAUCAAAACCUGAUAUUAUGGCUGCUUUAGAAAAACAACGCUCAACAAAAAACUAUAGUGUCAAUUCAAUGAUUGAUGUGGUAAUGACAUCAACAACAACAAUAAAUCAUGAUCAGCAGAAAGCCUAUCACCAACAAAUUAAACCAAGACAAAUUUUCCUGCCGGCUCUCGAUAAAUUUUCAUCACCACAAAAUCAUCAACAGCAUUUGAGGAUGCAAACGCAUAACGGUCCUAAGGUUACAGAUUUGAUAUCGGGAUUAUAUUAAAAAGGUUCUAAUUUUAAAUUAUAUUUUACAUACCAAUUUUUUAUUGAAGCUUUUUGCUUAGUAUAUGCAUAAAUGCUUCCAUCAUAUUCAGUAGCAGUCUCUAUAUUUUAUGGUGAUCAAUUGGCAACAUAUUUUAAAUUUUCCUGCAGAUGCCACAGUAAACUAAAUGUUUGAGAACUGAUAAAUAUUUAAUAUUUAUUUUGCUAUAGUUUUCGCAUAUUAUAAUGAAAUAUAUUGUUUUGG